ACCCUGCAUAUAGUAGCCACAUAAUCGUAGUUACGCGCAGUUGUUUUCCUUUUUAAAAGUAUUCUUCUUUUAAUAGUUUGGUGUAAUAUGACUUUUUUAUUUAAUCAAAUUUAAAAUGGUAGUAAAGUCUAUGUCACUUAUUGAAUUGAAGAAACAACAAUGGGCAAAAGAAAAAGAAGAACUUGGAAAAAUUAAUGGAUAUUGGCGAAACCAAAAAUCAUCUAUUAUUUUCGAUGAUCAAAGAAGUCCAGAGCGACAAUACCAUGACCACCGGUUUGAUUCAAAUUAUGAUAUUCAUUUUGACAGAAAUUUAAGCUUUCCUCCUAUUUUACAAGAUAUUCAAGCAUCCAGCAUACAAAAUAACAACUUGUACAUCCAUAAUGUCGAUAAAGAUUUACCUUAUGACAAUCAUAAAGGAAAUUCAGAAGAUUUCAAUCCACAAAGUACUCACACGAUUUUAAACAGGACAUAUACAAUUUCUAAAGAAAAUAAUUUUAGCGCUAGUACUUUAGAAAGACAAAAAUGGCAAAAAGGAAACCCUAAUACUGAAUUUAAUGUACAAAAUUUAAAUGAAAACGAAAGAACUUAUUUAAAUUGUGAUAAUAAUAGAUUUGGUACACCAGCUUGGGUUGAAUAUUCUUCAGAUAAAGUUUCAUCGACGAAAGGUUCAUUUGGGCCAAAAAUACAAGCAGACGAGUAUAGAAAAGUAUCAGAUUUUAUGGGUAGUAGUGAUACAUUAAGUUCUCUAGAUUCAAACAACAUGUAUAAUAGAACAUAUUUAUUGGGUCAAAAUAUUCCACUAACAUCUGAAGAGGUAACAAACAGAGAAAUUAAAAGACAAAAAGCUCUUGAACUUCAAGAGGCAAUUAAGCAACAGUUAAAAGAACGACAAAUUAAGAAAAAAGAAGAAAUAGAAAGAAAAAAACUUGAAGACUUAGCAGAAGAACGAAGGAUAAAAAGACAACAAGAAAUUGAAAAACAACGACUAGAAGAAGAAAUAAAGCACCAGCGAGAAAAAGAGUUAUGUGAUGAGCGGAAAGCCAAAGCAAUGCAAGAAGUACUUGAAAAUGCCCAAAAACAAGCUAAGGAAGACAAAUCAAAACACUUAAAAAAAAAAAGAUCAACACAAGAAAAACUUAAUGAAAAAUUACCAGAGGUGGUGGUAACAGAAACAGUAAAAAAUACUGAAGAUGAAAGUAUCGUAAAUAUUGAAAAUAAACAUCAACCUGCAGUCGAACUUAAAAAUAAAGAGAUAACUUCCAAAUUACCUGAAGUCGAUUUACAGACUUCACCAACAAAAAUUGACCGUCCAAAAUUAUUGACACCUAGUAAAUUUCGAAACCAGACUACAAGUAUUGGAACUCAAACAGAAACGGGAUCAAAGUCUAUGAAUACUAUCUAUCAGAAAUCUAUUGAAUUAGAUAAAAGGCCAAAAUGGGGCGUUAACCGACCUGAGGUACAGUAUGUAAAACAAAGUGCUAAAGAUCUCAAUUAUAAAUCAAAGUUAAGACAAAAAUCUAAUUGGAACACGAGAACAGGAAGUGUGAGUUCAAGUAAAAGCCAACCUGACAUGUCCACUGCACAUAUCAAUUUUUCAGAAAAUGAUCCUAAAUUCAGUGCAAACAAAUUUUCUGCGUUGACUCGACCAAAUUUUGCAGAAAUGAAAAAUUAUAAAAAUGUUUUGAUUCCUACAACUUCAGAUAGUAUAGCUGUUAGUGAUGUAAUUUAUCAACUAUCAUCUAUACGAAAAGUUUUAGAAACAAAGCGAAAACAUUGGAAAAGUGUUAUUACAGAUGAAUCACCAUCAUCUGAUUCUUCUUGAUUGUAUCAUUUAAUAAUAUGAUUCGACGUGCCUGACAUUGUUUCUAAACUUUCAUACUAACAAUAUAUCAAAUCUUAAGCGCAUUAGUUUCAAGACUCAGUAGUAGUUCAUUGAUAAGACUUAAUAAUUACUUAAUAUUUUAUUUAGAUGAUUUACAAGAACUUGAGAUUUAUACAAAAAAUAAAAUUUUGAUACUUUUAAUAUUGUAUCAUGCAACUAAUACAUAAAGGUUUUAUUUACAUGUAGCCUAACAUUUUUGCAUGUACAAUCAUUUUUUUAAAUUCAUAUAAGUUGUAAUUUAGUUAAGAUAACAUUGUUUUUUUUACUUAAUGUUUUAUUUAUUUGUUCUAAUAAAUAUAUACUUAAAUAAAAAUUGUAAUAAUUGUUCACAUUUAACUUUGUUGAAAUGGUCAAAAAAGUAAUUAUUCUUCCAUGUAGUGAAAUUUGUUUUAUCUUUUAUCAGUGCUGGGAAAAUUCCUUUUUAAAUGGAACAAGUAAUGUUCCAACAGUAUUGUAAUGUCAAUAAAAAUUGUAAAACUUAAGAAUCAGCAAAUAAUGCAAAAUGAGUAGGGAACUCACACUAUAAAAACGGGGACCAAAUUAAAAAAGGGGAUUGAAGGAUGACAGUUUGACUACAACCGUCUCUAAACGAAAAUUUAACCGUCGUUAAAUUUUUAUUCGUUCGGAAAUUAUUAAAAUUGUGUUUUGAUUAUUAUCUUAUUCUUAUGUUAUCAUUAUACUUGGAAUACAAUUAUUACAAUUAUUUAUAAACGUUAUAAAUAUUUAUUAUUGCUAUUAAUUUAAUAAAUCUCGUUAUUUCAUUAUUUUAUUAUUGUGUGUGUGGCUACAGUUGAGGUCGACUUACUGGUCUUUUAGUUAAUAUCAAUAGUUAGUGUGUGAGCUGACUAGUCUCUGGGCUAAACCGUCCUUUAGUUAGUAAAAUUAAAAGAUAAUUGUGAUAGUGCCUAUCAAAAGAAUUCCCUUCAGUUUGCUAUUUUCGAACUAAACUGUGCUAAAAGGUCUGUAGGAUACUUCUUUAGUGGCCAACUAGUUUGAAAGAACUGUACUGACCAGCGUACUCCCACAAAUAUACCCGAGGAGAGUCACAGAAACGCGGUUAACAUUAAAGAGUAAAAUUCGUUUCUUUUGUGUGGUUUGGUGUCUACGCCAAACAUACGACAGUCUAUAUAUUUAAUUAUAUUUGAGGGCAAUUAUAACACACUAAUUUUGAGUAAAAUUUACGUUCAAUUUAAUUUUAGUGUAAAAUGGAAAACUCAAAGGCAAAAUCUCAUUGUGUUACGAUUACGACAAAAAAAAAACUUAUAGGUCAAAAGGUUCGAGAGUUAAAAAUAUACUAAAUAGUUUGUGUUACUCUUUUAUAAUUUAUAAUUCUUAAAUUAUGUUAAUAUCAAAUUUUUGGUUAUAAUUAUAAUUAAUUUUUUAUUAGAGCCAAAUAACAAACAAUUUUCUUCUACACAGUAUAAAAAUUCUAAAAAUGUUUAAAAGAAAAUAAUAGCAAAAAUAUUAUUGAAUUUGUCGAACCUCCGUAAUCUACUUUGUAUAUUUAUGUUUUUUGUAACUCUAAUAAUAUUACUUACUAUUUUUUUAUUAACAGAUUCAUAUUUAUGAUAAAAUUGAUGAUAUCAA